GUCGAAGUCUCGAAGGUUCCAGCGAGCGACUGUGUCGAGCAGGAGAGAGCGCGAUGGGGAAGAUGCGGCAGCUGAUCUGCCUCGUGGCCGCCGUCGCCGCCGCGGCCAUCCUCCUGACAGCGUCGGCCAAGAAGUCCGGCGACGUCACCGAGCUUCAGAUCGGCGUCAAGUACAAGCCUGAGUCAUGUACGCUGCAAGCACACAAAGGAGACAAAAUUAAGGUUCACUAUCGUGGGACACUCACUGAUGGAUCAGUUUUCGAUUCUAGCUAUGACAGAGGUGACCCGUUUGAAUUCACUCUUGGAAAUGGCCAAGUGAUAAAAGGUUGGGACCAAGGAUUGCUCGGUAUGUGCGUGGGUGAAAAGAGGAAGCUAAAGAUACCUGCAAAGAUGGGUUAUGGUGAGCGAGGCUCCCCACCAAAGAUUCCAGGUGGAGCAACUCUGAUCUUCGACACGGAGCUUAUCGCCGUCAACGGGAAGACAUCCGGCGGUGCAAAGGCAGAGAGUGACAGUGAGCUCUGAUACAAUGCAUUGGAGAGUUUCAAAGCUCGGGGGGGAAUAGUAGCAGCGUCGCAUAGUUCAUUAGGUGAAAGGGUUGCUGUUUCCUCCACAUAGCAGUUUAUGCUAUAGAGAUGUCACAGAAACAAGUCAGGUUUUGCCCGAUGGUCGAACAGUUUCCUUUCCAUCUUAUGAAAA